AUAAUACAAUAAUACAUAUAAAAUCUAAGAGAAAUCUCGUUCAAAAUUUUUGAUAAUAUGCAUUGAUUCUUAAUUGAGAUAAAAACUAUAUCAGUUAUACUCAGCUUGAGGUCUUCCUCUUUUUUAGACAAAAAACUAAGACAUUUGAUUGAUGAACGUUGAUACUUAAACAAGCAUCAGCUUUAUGCGUUCAACGCAUCUGUUCAAAGUUGUUAGUGCUGCUAGAACCAUCUUGGUAGAAAUGAUUAGUCAGUAGAGUAUAAACAGUCAAAGCGUUCGGAUCUCUUGCUAUUCUCGUACGACUAUAUUGAACAUAGAGUAUUCACUAAAUAAAAUCACUAAUCAUGAAGAAAUUUAUUCUUUUAUUUAUGAUAUUGCUCAGUCAUACAACUGUGAAUAUUGCUAUUCCGCUUACUAAUUAUACAUCCCUUCGAAACAAAAUAUUGGAGCACGAUCUGCAGUUGAUGAUAGGUGCUAAUCUAAUUUUGAACGACGUUGAAAAAGUCGCCAACGAAGUUUUAAUGAAGGCGAAGAAAGAAGAAUUAUACAUUGGUUUCAAGGAUCCUCAUCAAUUUGCUCCUUCACGAAAUUUUCUCGAAGUAAAGAGAAAUAUCGAGAGAUCAAAGGUCUUUCAAUUACUCCGCGAUAUGCCAAAAGGAGCGAUACUUCAUGUUCAUGAUACAUCUCUCGUUAGCAGCAAUUAUACAUAUCACAACAUCACAUUUCGUGACAAUUUAUAUGUCUGUAUUGAUAAAGGUGUUGUUCAUUUGCGUUUUUUUCGACUACCUGACAAAUCAUGUAACUGGGAACUUCUGAAAAAAGUACGUGAAGAUCCGGUACGUGGAGAGAUGGUGAACAACAUGAUCAAAGCAAGAAUGACGAUGGAAUGUAAUGAUCCUACAAUUGCCUAUUCAGAUAUUAAUAAAGCUUGGAAUAAAUUCACAGAUAUCUUCACAUUCAUAAAUUCUUUGCUUACGUAUAAACCCGUUUACGAGGAUUAUUAUCUUCAAGCUCUAAAAGAGUUGUACGAGGAUAAUGUUAUGUACCUCGAAUUAAGAUCAACCUUACCAACUUUAUACGACUUAAAUGGAAUCGAAUACAAACCGGAAGAUGUGGUUAAUAUUUAUGAGACACUUACUCGAAGGUUUAAAGAAGAUCAUCCAGACUUUGUAGGAGCCAAAUUAAUUUACGCUCCUGCACGAUUUGUUGAGCAUAAAGAGGUGGAAUAUUAUAUAAAAACUUUGAAAAAAUUGAAAAAAAUAUAUCCCAAUUUCAUAGCAGGAUUCGAUUUGGUUGGCCAGGAAGAUUUAGGACAUACACUUGAGUAUUUCGCAGACUUGCUGAAAAAUAUUGGACAAUAUAAUAUUAGUUUCUUUUUUCACGCUGGUGAAACAAAUUGGUUGGGUGCUUCUACUGACGAAAAUCUUGUUGAUGCUAUCUUACUAAAUACUCGACGUAUUGGUCACGGAUAUGCGCUGGCAUCUCAUCCCUUUCUUCUGGAACUUGCUAAAAAAAUGGACAUCGCUAUCGAAAUAAAUCCGAUCUCAAAUCAAGUUUUAAAACUUGUUGAUGAUCUUAGAAAUCAUCAGGCAAAAACAUUGUUUUCCAAAGGAUAUCCAUUAGUAAUAUCUAACGAUGAUCCCGGUUUGUGGGGCUCAAGAGCUCUUAGUUAUGAUUUUUACGAAGCUUUUAUGGCACUUAUGUCAACACAUGCCGAUCUUAGAAGUCUCAAACAAUUAGCCCGUAAUUCUCUUUCUUAUAGCAGUUUAAGUAAUUAUGAAAAAAAAGAAGCCCUGAAUAUUUGGGAAAAAAAAUGGCAUAUCUUUAUUAAAAAUAUAGCGUAUAAUACUUUUCAUAACUAUAAAUGAAUAAAAAUGACAA